GAAAGCAGAGGAGGGAGAUCGGCUCAUUUAGCAGAAGAAUUUCCUUUGACAUUUCUAGAUUACGCAGCUCGACACUGGUUCUCUGCUGACUUACUGAGUGUGCAGCGAGGCAGUCACAGCCUUCAUUUGUCGCAAUGUCUGAGUUUAUUUUAGCUUUGGUAACAAUAUCAGGAUUAUUCCCUAUCACCAAGGCUGUGUCAGUUCGAGUUGAUAAAGACCAUAAAACAUGUGGACCAGCUGAAUUUCUCUGCCAUGACCACGUGACCUGUAUUUCACUGAACUGGCUCUGUGAUGGUGAACCAGACUGUCCUGAUGAUUCGGAUGAGUCACUUGAUCAGUGUAUUAGGCACUUGGAAUUCACAUGUCCUGUGAAUCACUUUGACUGUAUUGGUGCGAGAAGAUGUAUUCACAUGAGCAAACUCUGCAAUGGCAUAAAUGACUGUCCGGAUGGGCUUGAUGAGGGAUAUCAUUGUCGAGAAUUUGCAUCCUCUUGUGACGGGGCCCAUUGUCAGUAUCAGUGUGCGGUCACAAGGAAUGGUUCAACUUGCUACUGCAGUGAUGGUUACAAAGUGGCACAAGAUGGGAAAGGCUGUGAAGAUUUUGAUGAAUGCAGCGUAUACGGAACAUGCAGUCAAACUUGCAUGAAUAGAAAUGGGUCCUACACGUGUGGUUGUGUGGAAGGUUAUUUGAUGCAACCAGAUAACAAAACUUGUAAAGCCAAAAUUGAACCCUUUGAUUCACCACCUGUUCUUCUGAUUGCCAACUUCAAAAGUAUCGAGGUGAUGGGUUUGGAUGGAUCAGAUAUUCCCACACAGAAUUCCAUCAAUACUAAUGGACUCAUUGCAUUGGAUUUUAUUUAUGAUGAGGAGCUAGUCUGUUGGAUCACAGCUGAGGAAAUGUCCACUCAUACUGAACUGAAAUGUGCCAAGAUGACACCAUUGAAUGGAUUUGUUGAAGAGAAAGUCAUCAAUAUUUCACAAAGCCUCCACAAUAUUGAACAAAUGUCCUUGGACUGGCUUACUGGAAACUAUUACUUUACCGAUGAUGUCAGUGACCGAAUAUCUGUGUGCAAUCAAAAUGGGGUUACUUGCAUUACUCUACUAGAUCUGGAGCUGCACAGUCCCAAAGGGAUUGCCCUCGACCCAGCCAUGGGGAAACUCUUCUUCACUGAUUACGGAGAUGUUGCCAAAAUUGAACGGUGUGAUAUGGAUGGGCAAAGCAGAUCCAGGAUCGUGGACAGUAAAAUAGAACAGCCAUAUGCCAUCACACUUGACUUGGUAUCCAAAAAGGUCUACUGGGCAGAUGUUUAUCUUGAUUACAUUGAAGUGGUAGACUAUGAAGGAAGAAGCAGACAUACAGUAAUUCAUGGCCGUGAUGUGCGACAUCUUUAUAGUUUGACAGUUUUUGAAAACUUCAUUUAUGCCAUCAACUUGGAUAAUUUCACUGCUAAGUACAAAAUAAGCGUCACAAAAAUAAACAGAUUCAAUGGCACGGACAUCGAAACACUAGCGAAGCUGGAGAACGGUGGAGUUAUACAUGUCUACCAUAAACUAAAACAACCAUUGGUUAGAAGUCAUGCUUGUGAACUGGAUCUGCACGGCAAACCUGGAGGAUGCUCUGAUAUCUGCCUGCUCAGCAGCAGCCACAAAGCAAAAACAUGUCGAUGCAGGACUGGCUACAGCUUAGGAAACGAUGGGAAAUCAUGCAAAAAGCCAAAAAAUGAACUGUUCCUUUUUUAUGGGAAAGGCCGACCAGGAAUCAUUCGUGGAAUGGAUUUGAACACCAAGGCAACAGAUGAAUAUAUGGUGCAAGUAGAAAACCUUGUCAAUCCACGAGCUCUUGACUUUCAUGCGGAAACAAAUUACAUCUACUUUGCUGACACGACCAGUUUCUUAAUUGGACGACAAAAAAUCGAUGGCACAGGUCGAGAGACAAUCCUAAAAGAUGGUGUGGAUAAUGUCGAAGGUAUUGCUGUGGACUGGAUUGGAAACAACUUAUACUGGACCGAUGAUAGUUACAGGAAGUCUAUAAGUGUAGCAAGACUGGAAAAGGCAUCUCAGACCCGGAAGACCUUGGUGGAAGGUCAAAUGUCACACCCAAGAGCUAUAGUCCUGGAUCCUCUGCAUGGCUGGAUGUACUGGACAGAUUGGGAAGAAGAAGAGAUCGACAAUAUGACAGGAAGAAUUGAAAGAGCAUGGAUGGAUGGCUCCAAUCGACAACUCUUUGUAACAACGAUGAUGCUUUGGCCAAAUGGUUUAACAAUAGAUCUGACUACUGAGAUCCUAUAUUGGUGUGAUGCAUACUAUGAUCAUAUUGAAAGAAUCUUUUUGAAUGGCACAGGGAGAACGAUAGUGUAUGCUGGCAAGGAAGUGAAUCACCCCUUUGGCUUGUCACAUUAUGGAAAGUUUAUUUACUGGACUGAAUAUACAAAUGGAUCCAUUUUCCAGUUGGACUUGCUGACAAGAAACGUUACACUGCUUCGAAAGGAAAGACCACCGUUGUUUGGGCUGAGGAUUUAUGAUGUUCAGCAACAGUUACAAGGUGAAAAUUCAACUCGGGGAAACAAUGGUGGAUGCAAUGGCUUGUGUUUAAUCAUCCCUGGAGGCAGAGUUUGUGCUUGUGCUGAUGGUCAAUAUUUAGAUGAGGACAAUGUUACCUGCAAACUGAAGUCUGGCCCACCCAAUCAUCAGCAGUGCCAUUUUGGAGAGUUUGCCUGUAGAAAUGGAAGGUGCAUUCAAGAACGUUGGAAAUGUGAUGGAGAUAAUGACUGCUUCGAUGGUAGUGAUGAAAAUCAAGAUAUUUGCUACAAUAGUACUUGUCCUACUAAUCACUUUAGAUGCCAAAAUAAUCGGUGCAUCCCUAAAAGAUGGCUUUGUGAUGGAGCUAAUGAUUGUGCCAACAAAGAAGAUGAAUCAAAUGAAAUGUGUGCAGGGAAGACUUGCCAAUCCAGUCAGUUUUCCUGUUCCAGUGGACGUUGUAUCCCAAUGUCAUGGGUGUGUGACUUAGAAGAUGAUUGUGGAGACCGAUCUGAUGAAACAGCAUCGUGUGCAUUUCCUACCUGCACUCCGUUAAUGCAGUUCACGUGUAAUAAUGGAAGAUGCAUCACAAUUAAAUGGCGCUGUGAUUCAGAUGAUGACUGUGGGGAUGGUAGUGAUGAGGCAGGCUGUUCUCCUUCCUGUUCUGACGCACAGUUCAAAUGUGACAAUCGCCGUUGUGUUCCUGAGCACUGGACCUGUGAUGGAGAUAAUGACUGCGGUGAUUUCAGUGAUGAAACCAAUGCUAACUGUUCUGAACCAGCCACUAGAUCACCAGGUAUUUGUCACCGAAAACAAUUUCAGUGUUAUAUGGAUGGUAAUUGUGUUCCACUGCGAUGGCAUUGCGAUGGAGACUGGGACUGUGAAGAUGGUAGUGAUGAAAACAACUGCGCAGGGAAUACAAGAACAUGUGACUCGCAUUCUGAGUUUACAUGUAAAGACACAGGAAGAUGCAUCAAUAUAACAUGGGUUUGUGAUGGAGAGGGUGAUUGUGAAGACCACUCUGAUGAAGAGAACUGUGGAGCAUUUGCAUGUAAACCACCAUCCUAUCCGUGCUCUGGAAAUACAUCGAUUUGCCUUCUGCCAGAAAAGUUUUGCAAUGGGAAAGAGGAGUGUCCAGAUGGCACUGAUGAGAGUCCACUUUGUGAUGAGUGCUCUUUGAAUAAUGGAGGAUGCAGUCACCACUGUAUCUAUGUGACUGGGGAAGGGAUUAUGUGCUCCUGCCCUACAGGAAUGCAUCUGAGCUCCGACAAGAAAACCUGCAUUGUUCUUGAUUAUUGCAAAAAACAUAUUAAGUGCAGCCAAGUGUGUGAGCAGCACAAAAAGACAAUUAAGUGCUCAUGUUAUGAGGGAUGGUUGCUGGCCCCUGAUGGUUCUAGUUGCAUUAGUUUAGAUCCUUUUGAGCCAUACAUAAUUUUUUCUAUCCGUCACGAGAUUCGAAGGUUGGAUCUUCACAAGCAGGACUAUAAUUUACUGGUCCCUGGCUUGAGAAAUACGAUAGCAAUUGACUUCCAUUUCAAUCAGAGUUCUCUCUAUUGGACCGAUGUUGUGGAGGAUAAAAUUUACAAAGGAAAACUUUCUGAAGUUGGAGCUGUAAGCAGUGUUGAAGUUAUUGUGCAGCAUGGUCUAGACACUCCUGAAGGGUUAGCUGUCGACUGGAUUGCAGGAAACAUCUACUGGAUAGACAGCAAAAUGGAACAGAUCGAAGUAGCAAAACUAGAUGGGACCAUGAGAACUACUCUAAUUGCAGGCGACAUGGUUUAUCCGCGGGCCAUAGCUUUGGAUCCUCGAUACGGAAUCCUGUUUUGGACUGACUGGGAUUCUAGCUUUCCACGAAUUGAGGCGGCUUCCAUGAGCGGAGCAGGAAGGAAAGCCAUUUACGAAGCUUUGGGGACUGGCGGAUGGCUUAAUGGGUUGACAGUGGAUUAUCUUGAGAACAGAAUCAUCUGGAUUGAUGCUAUGUCUGAUGCUAUUUAUUCAGCCUUAUAUGAUGGAAGUGAAUUAAUAGAAGUCUUGCGUGACCAUGAAUACCUUUCUCAUCCUUUUGCUGUGACAUUGUAUGGAGGUGACGUUUACUGGACUGAUUGGAAGACUAACACCCUACUGAAAGCCAACAAGUGGACUGGCCAAAAUGUCACCGUGGUACAGAGAACCAGCGCUCGUCCCUAUGACCUUCAGAUUUACCAUCAGACCAGGCAACCACCAGCACCAAAUCCUUGUGAGUCUAACAAUGGCAAAGGGCCAUGUUCUCAUUUGUGCCUGAUUAAUUACAAUGGAACUGCUGCUUGUACAUGUCCUCAUCUAAUGAAACUGGCCCCCGAUGAAAAGAACUGUUAUGAGCAAAAGGAAUUUUUAAUCUACUCAAGAAAUUCCGAAAUCCGUGGAGUCGAUGUUGAUAAUCCAUACUAUAAUUACAUCACACCAUUUACUGACCCAGAUAUCAGUCAAGUUAAAACCAUUGAUUUUGAUGCAUCAGAAGAACGAAUUUACUGGUCUGAUUUGAAGCCCCGGUUUAUAAAACGAGCCUUCAUAAAUGGCACAGGAAUAGAAACAGUGGUCUCCGCAGACCUGCCAUAUGCGCAUGCAAUUGCUGUGGACUGGGUUUCCAGAAACAUUUACUGGACAAGUUCAGAUUUAGAAGAGGCUCAGGUUAACGUUGCACGAUUAAAUGGCUCCCUGCGGACCUCCAUAAUUCAUGGACUUGAUCACCCACAGUUUCUAGUAGUACACCCACUUAAAGGGAUACUCUGCUGGAUCGAUGGAAACAAUAUCAGCUCAGCAAACCUGGAUGGCAGCAAUAUCAAGAACCUUUUCAUGAAUCAAAGGGAACCAGUUGGUCUUUCAAUUGAUUAUAUCACAAACAAGCUAUAUUGGAUCAGUUCUGGCACCGGAACUAUAAACAGAUGCAACCUGGACGGAUCUAGUUUAGAAGUAAUCAGCUUAAUGGCACAGUACUUAACCAGAGCAACAGCCCUAGCAGUUAUGGGAGACAAGCUCUGGUGGGCUGAUCAGGCAUCUGGAUGGAUUGGAAUGUGCAACAAAGAGGACGGUUCAGAGCCUGUGGUCAUGAGGAAAAAUAUUGCAACUGUACUGCAUAUGAAAGUCUAUGGAAAAGAGACUCAACAAGGUACUAAUCUGUGCAGUGUUAACAACGGUGGCUGCUCUCAGCUCUGUCUGCCAGUCUCCGAAACAAGAAUAACAUGCAAGUGUACUGUGGGCUAUAGACUGCACAGGGACAAAAUGUCAUGUGCAGGUUUGGACUCUUUCCUGAUGUACUCUGUUCAUGAAGAAAUCCGAGGGAUAUCACUGGAACCCAAUGAUAGAUCAGAUGCCUUGCUGCCAAUAUCGGGGACAUCGCUCACAGUAGGAAUAGACUUCCAUGCAGCAAAUGAUACAAUCUACUGGACAGACAUGGGAAGGAGUACAAUUAACAGGGCUAAACGAGAUCAGACCUGGAGGGAGGAUAUCAUAACUAAUGGCCUUGGACGGGUUGAAGGCAUAGCGGUGGAUUGGAUAGCUGGCAAUAUAUAUUGGACAGAUCAUGGCUUCAAUAUAAUAGAAGUUGCAAGAUUUAAUGGGUCCUUUCGUUAUGUAGUCAUAUCGCAAGGGCUUGAUCAGCCGCGCGCAAUAGCUGUUCAUCCAGAGAAAGGGUUCAUGUUUUGGACAGAAUGGGGACAGAAGCCUUGUAUUGGCAGAGCACAGUUGGAUGGAUCAGAACAAGUUGUCCUCGUGAGCUCCAACAUUGUGUGGCCAAAUGGGAUUUCAAUAGACUUUGAGGAAAGUAAAUUGUAUUGGUGUGAUGCCCGCACAGACAAGAUAGAAAGGAUUGAUCUUGAAACUGGAGAAAACCGAGAGAUUGUAUUGUCAGGCAACAACAUGGAUUUGUUUUCAGUUGCAGUCUUUGGGGUUUACAUCUUCUGGUCUGACAGGGCACAUGCUAAUGGAUCCAUCAAAAGAGGAUACAAGAAUAAUGCAGUAGAUUCUGUAACCAUGAGAUCACAUCUCGGAGUAAACCUGAAGGGUGUGAAAGUAUAUAACAGAGCCAGAGAAAGGGGUACCAAUAUUUGCGCUAACAAUAACGGUGGAUGCCAGCAGCUUUGCUUAUACCGUGGAAAAGGUCAGAAAACCUGUGGAUGUUCCUACAGUGUCCUCGCAGAGGAUUCAGUCAGCUGUCGUGAUUAUGAUGGAUACUUACUCUAUUCAGAAAGAACAAUAUUAAAGAGCAUCCAUCUUACAGAUGAAACUAAUCUAAAUCCUCCAAUUAGACCAUAUGAAAAACCGGAAUACUUCAAAAAUGUGAUUGCCUUGGCUUUUGAUUACCGGCGAAAUACAAGGGGGACUAAUCGGAUAUUUAUGAGUGAUGUUCAUUUUGGAAAUAUCCAGCUUAUCAACGAUGACUGGACUGGCAGAAGAGUAAUUAUCGAGAAUGUAGGCUCAGUUGAAGGUCUGGCAUAUCAUAAAGCAUUGGAUACCCUUUACUGGACAAGUUCAACAACAUCGACUAUCACAAGGCAUACAAUUGACCAAGGCAGAUUUGGAGCUUUUGACCGAGAAAUCAUUGUUGAAAUGUCUCCUGAUGACCAUCCUCACGUACUUGCAAUGGAUGAGUGCCACAACUUGAUGUUCUGGACAAACUGGAAUGAACAGCAGCCAAGUAUAAUGAAAGCAACCCUCUCUGGAGGAAAUGUUCAAGUCAUUGUUAGCACUGAUAUUUUCACACCAAAUGGACUUACCAUUGAUUAUAAAGCAGAGAAACUGUAUUUCUCUGAUGGUUCUGUAGGAAGAAUUGAAAGGUGUGAAUAUGAUGGAACGCACAGAUACGUAGUUCUGAAAUCUGGACCUGGCACUUUUUUUGGCUUAGCAAUUUAUGGCGAUUACAUCUUCUGGACGGACUGGAUGCAGAGAUCUGUAAUGCGUUGCGAUAAAUACACAGGAGCAGAAGUUAAAGUGCUGCGUUCUGAUACAGCACAUCAGCCUAUGGGAAUUAUGGUUGUAGCUAAUGACACCAACAAUUGUGAGCUGUCUGCAUGUAAAAUAAUGAAUGGAGGUUGUCAUGACCUUUGCCUAUUGACUGCUGAUGGCCAAGUAAAUUGUUCUUGCAGGGGAGAACGAAUACUAUUAGAUGACAACAGAUGUGUUGCCAAAAAUUCAUCUUGCAAUAUUCAUACUGAAUUUGAAUGUGGAAAUGGAGAUUGUAUUGGAUACCAUUUGACAUGUGAUGGAAUUUUUCACUGCAAGGAUAAAUCAGAUGAAAAACAAUCGUAUUGUGCAAACAGGAGUUGUAGAAAAGGCUUUAAGCAUUGCUACAAUGGCCGCUGUGUGUCCAAUGCAAAGUGGUGCGAUGGAGUGGAUGAUUGCACUGACAACUCUGAUGAAGUAACCUGCAAUAAUUCCUCGUGCAGUGCAACUGAAUUUCGCUGUAGAGAUGGAACUUGCAUUGUCAAAACAGCACAGUGCAACCAGCUGAUAGAUUGUGCAGAUGCUUCAGAUGAAAUUGAUUGCAGUAACACGGACUGUACAGGCUUCUAUCGAGUUGGAGUUAAGGAAACAAAUUACAUAAAAUGUAACAGCACCUCACUUUGCAUCCUCCCAUCCUGGAUUUGUGAUGGAUCCAAUGACUGUGGUGACUACACAGAUGAAUUAAAUUGCCAAGCUCAACAUAAACUGAAAUGUAAGGAGCACUACUUUGCAUGCCCUAAUGGAAGAUGUAUCCCCGCAUUUUGGAUUUGUGAUAAAGAAGAAGAUUGUGAAGAUGGAGCUGAUGAAUCACAUUGUGAUUCCUUUUGUACAUGGAAUCAGUUUGAAUGCUCAAAUCACAAAUGUAUCUCUCAUCGUUGGGUUUGUGAUGGUGCGGAUGACUGUAGAGAUGGCGCCGAUGAAGAAGAUUCUCUUUGUGGUUCAGUUACUUGUGCUCCUGACCUGUUCCAAUGUCCCAAUACACACAUUUGUCUCCCAAAACAUUGGCUGUGUGAUGGGGAUAAAGACUGUCCAGAUGGAAGCGAUGAACUUUCUACAGCUGGUUGCACACAUAAUAGCACUUGUGAUAACAAGGCUUUCAGGUGUAAAAACACAUUAUGCAUUCCACAAUAUUUUAUGUGUGAUCAUGAUGAUGAUUGUGGAGAUGGAUCUGAUGAAUUUCCAGAGUGUGAGUACAAAACUUGUGAACAAAAUGAGUUUCAUUGUGCCGAUGGAAGAUGUCUUAUCAAUGCUGCUUGGGAAUGUGAUGGGGAUUUUGACUGUCUUGACCAUUCGGAUGAAGCACCCAAAAAUCUCAAAUGCUCAGGAGCAGGGAAAAAUUGCAACAGUUCUUUUUACCUGUGCAAAAAUGGGAAGUGUAUAAAUGAAACCCUUACUUGUGAUAAGAACAAUGACUGUGAAGAUGGAUCAGAUGAAAGCAAUUGUUUUGUCAAUGAAUGUGCCAAUAAGCGAAUCAGCGGGUGCUCGCAAGACUGCCAGGAUUUUAAAAUUGGUUACAAGUGCAAAUGCUGGCCUGGAUUCAGACUGAAAGAUGAUGGCAAAACCUGUAUUGACAUUGAUGAAUGUGCGACCAGCUUUCCCUGUAGCCAGCAAUGCAUCAAUACUUAUGGAACCUACAAGUGUUUGUGUGCUGAAGGUUAUGAAAUACGAGCAGAUAAUCCCAAUAGCUGCAAAGUUUUAUCAGAUGAGGAACCAUUUUUAAUUUUUGCUGACCGACAUGAAAUACGAAAAAUGAGUAUAGAUGGAUUCAACUACACAUUAUUAAAACAGGGGUUGAAUAAUGUUCAUGCAAUUGAUUUUGAUUAUGGGGACCAAUGUAUUUAUUGGGCAGAUAUCACCACUCAAGGCAGUACGAUAUCAAGGAUCCAUCUGAAUGGAAGCAAUCCUGAGGUGGUCCAACAUACAGGACAAGCCAUUCCAGAAGGAUUGGCAGUUGAUUGGAUUGGCAAGAAUCUCUACUGGUGUGACAAAAGCAAACUGACAAUUCAAGUCUCUAAACUUAAUGGACUUUAUCAGACAGUCCUUGUGAACACAGGCCUUAAGACUUUGAAGCAUCUAGUGAUCGAUCCUCGCAUUGGGUACUUAUAUUGGACCAAUCAUGGUGAAAAUCCACAUAUUGGUCGUGCUGGAAUGGAUGGAACUAAUCAAAGCAUUGUCAUAAAUGCAAAAAUCAUGAAGCCAAGUGGUCUGUGUCUGGAUUAUGUGAACAACAGGCUGUAUUGGGCCGAUGACCAGCAAGGGUACAUAGAGUUUGCUGACCUGGAUGGAUCCAAUAGACAUAGAGUUCAUAAUCAAGAUAUCUCACACGUAUUAGCGGUGACAUUAUUUGAAGACUACAUCUACUGGACAGAUUGGAAAACUAAGUCAGUCAGCCGUGCUCACAAAACCACAGGCUUGAACAAGAUUUCACUGAUCAGCUCAUGGCAUCAGAUAAUGGAUAUCCAGGUGUAUCAUCCUCACAGGCAACCUGAUGUUCCAGAUCACCCGUGCAAAAUAUUCAACGGUGGUUGUAGUAACCUUUGUCUGCUGUCUCCAGGAGGAGGAUACAAAUGUGCCUGUCCCACAAAUUUCUAUCUGGCUGCUGAUGGCAAGACUUGCCUUUCCAAUUGCACUGCAAGCCAGUUUGUCUGUAACAAUGAUAAAUGUAUUCCAUUCUGGUGGAAAUGUGAUACAGAAGAUGACUGUGGAGAUGGAUCAGAUGAGCCUGAAGAUUGUCCUGAAUUUAAAUGCAGGCCAGGUCAAUUUCAAUGUGGUACUGGAAUAUGCACUAAACCUGCUUUCAUCUGUGAUGGCGAAAAUGACUGUGGGGACAAUUCGGAUGAAGCAAACUGUGAGACACAUGUUUGUCUUCCAAGCCAGUUUAAGUGCUCACAGAGGAAGCGAUGCAUUCCUGUCAUCUUCAGAUGCAAUGGACAAGAUAACUGUGGGGAUGGAGAGGAUGAAAGUGAUUGCCCUGAAGUUACAUGUUCUCCAAAUCAAUACCAGUGUGCUGUUACCAAGAGAUGCAUUCCUGAAGAAUGGGUCUGUGACAAGGAUCAUGACUGUGCAGAUGGCUCUGAUGAAUCCAAUUGCACUCAGAUUGCAUGUGGCACAGAAGAUUUUCACUGUAAAGGCACAAGCAGAUGUGUUCCUGCACGAUGGAAAUGUGACGGAGAAGAUGAUUGUGGAGAUGGAUCUGAUGAGCCAAGAGAAGAAUGUGAUGAAAGAACUUGUGAACCAUAUCAAUUUCGGUGCAAAAACAAUCGUUGUGUACCUGGGCAUUGGCAGUGUGAUUAUGAUAAUGACUGUGGAGAUAAUUCUGAUGAGGAAUCAUGCGCACUGCGUUCAUGCUCCCUGAAUGAGUUUACCUGUGCUAAUGGCCGUUGUGUUGCUGCCAGAUGGAGAUGUGAUGGAGAUUAUGAUUGCUCUGAUAGCUCAGAUGAGAAAGACUGUGUAAUUAAAUGUAAAGAGGAUCAGUUCCAGUGUAAGCAUGGCCACUGUAUUCCUGUCAGAUGGCACUGCGAUGGAGAGACUGAUUGUCUAGACGGCAGUGAUGAGGAAAACUGUGAACAAGUGCAAACAACCUGCAAUGUAGAUGAAUUCCAAUGCAACAAUACACUUUGUAAGCUUGUAUCAUGGCUGUGUGAUGGUGAGGAUGAUUGUGGAGACAACUCUGAUGAAAAUCCAGAAAUGUGUGCAAAAUUUCAGUGUCCUCCCUCAAGAUCAUUCAGAUGUAAAAAUGGGAGAGUUUGCCUUCGACCUGAGCGAGUUUGUGAUGAAAUGAAUAAUUGUGGUGACAACACCGAUGAAAUAAACUGUGAUAAACAAAUUCAGAGGCCAUGUGGGAAGGAUGAGUUUACAUGCAGUAAUGGGAAUUGCAUUCCAAUAGAGCUACAAUGUGACAUGUUUAAUGACUGUUCUGACAGUGGAUCUGAUGAGCAAGGCUGCCUGAGAAAUUAUAAUGAAUUUAAUUGUGAAGAAGAACUAAAUCCUUGUGGGAAUGAUGCUUACUGUAACAGGACAAUUUUUUCACAUUUCUGUGAGUGUCGGCCUGGUUUUCAAAGAAACAAAGCUUCAAAGCAGUGUGAAGAUAUUAAUGAGUGCCUUCAAUUUGGGACUUGCUCACACUACUGCAAUAAUACUAAAGGAUCAUAUGCAUGUACAUGUGGAAAAAACUACAAACAUUCGUACAACCACAGCUGUAAAACAGAAGGUUCAGAACAUCAAGUGCUCUACAUUGCAACCAGAAAUGAAAUUCGCAGUAUAUAUCCAUUUGACCCCAACUCAGCCUAUGAACAAGUCUUUCAAGGAGAUGAAACUGUCAAAAUUAGUAUGAUGGAUGUGUACGUUAAAGGGAAAAAGAUCUUCUGGACCAAUGGGCACACAGGCAGAAUCUCCUUCAUAGACAUUUCAGACAAGCGAGAAAGUCAGACAAGUGAUGCCACUGACCUUAAUAUUCCUGGUUUCCAAGCACCACAGGGAAUUGCUAUUGACUGGGUUGCUGAAAAUAUCUACUGGACAGAUUCUUUCAAAAACGUCAUUUACGUGGCAAAGAUUAAUGGACAGAAGUACAAAAAACUUGUAUCCGGAAUGAUGGACAAACCUUGUGCUAUUGCUGUUGAUCCCAGCAGAGGAAUGAUGUAUUGGACAGACUACGGUAAACAACCCAAGAUAGAGCAGUCAGCCAUGGAUGGGACUUUGCGAAGAAUUCUCAUACAUAAGGACUUGCAAUGGCCUACAGGACUAUCACUCGAUCAUUUCAACCAGCGCUUAUAUUGGGCAGAUGCCAAGCUUUCAAUUGUGGGCAGUGUUCGCUUUGAUGGGAGUGAUCCUGUAGUCGUUGCCAACACAAAACAAGGUCUCCAAUCUCCAUUCAGCAUUGAUAUUUUUGAAGAUUACAUUUAUGGGGUGACACAUACCAAUAGUCGGGUGUUUAAAGUUCACAAAUUUGGAAGAGGUCAUCUUGAAUAUUUGGUAUCAGGUCUCAGUGAUGCUUCAGCCACAAUUGUAUUCCAUCAGUACAAGCAACAAGACUUACCAAAUCCUUGCAGCAAAAAGAAAUGUGAGUGGCUUUGUCUAUUAAAUCCCACUGGUGUAACAUGCUUAUGUCCAGAUGGAAAGAAUAUGAUUAAUGGAACAUGUAUUGAUGUAGAUUCUCCCACUGCACUCCCUUAUGGAAGUACCUGUGACCUAGUAUGCUUAAAUGGUGGAACUUGUUUUGUGAAUGAACGAGACCAGCCAAAGUGCAAAUGCAAACCUCAAUACGCAGGACAGGAAUGUGAAACUGACCAGUGCAGAGACUAUUGUCAAAAUGGAGGAAUCUGCUCAGCUUCUACAUUAGGAAAACCAGCCUGCCGCUGUCCAAUAGGAUUUACUGGCCCAACCUGUAGGCAAAGAGUUUGUGACAGUUUCUGCCUCAAUGAAGGGAUUUGUGACGUCAAUGCAGGAAAUCAACCUUUUUGUUACUGUCCGUCAGAUUUUACAGGAGACAGGUGUCAAUACAAUAUGUGCUAUAACUACUGCAUGAAUUUCGGAACCUGCAGGAUAAACGCUGAUGGUAGUGCUCGCUGCAUCUGCUUGCCACAAUUUGAUGGGCCAAAAUGUGAAGUGGAUAAAUGUACAGUGUGUCACGGUGGGCAGUGUGAUGUGGACAAAGAAACUGGCCAGGUAACCUGCAAUUGUACAAAUGGAAGAAUUGCAUCCAGCUGCCUGUCUUGUGAUGGAUACUGUUACAAUGGUGGCAUUUGCCAGCUGGGCCCACUCUCUGAAAUGCCCACAUGUGUAUGCACAGUGGGGUUUAAAAGUGAUCGAUGUGACCAGAAAAUUAACCUUUGUGAUUACUACUGCCAAAAUGGAGGGGUUUGCACUUUAACUGCACUUAAUGAGCCUCAGUGCAAGUGUUCAGAUGAAUGGUCUGGUACACAAUGUGAAAGACCGGCUCCCAAAAGCAGCAAAACAGAGAACACCAGAGGGAGAAAUAUUACUUUUAUUAUCCCUGUUGUUAUCUUAGCCAUUUUGAUUCUUGCAAUCAUUGUUGGAAUCGUCAUCUGCAAAAGAAGGCAACGUGUGAAAACAGUCCGGAGGCAUCCAUUGUCAAAUGGAGGCAUGAAUGUUGAAAUUGGAAAUCCGACAUAUAACAUGUACGAAGUUGACCGUAGACAUGAAAAUGCUGAAGGCCUGUUAGAUCCAGAUUUUACAUUAGAUCCAGAAAAGCCAACAAAUUACUCAAAUCCUGUUUACGCAAAACUCUACUUGGACGCAUCAAACUGCCGGAAUUCCUUAGUCAGCACAGAGGAAAAGAAAGAGCUGCUUCCAAAGAAAUUAGCAGACGGCCUGAGGGAGACAGUUGCUUAGAUUACCCUUUAGUCCUGUAUCUUUUUUAACCACUGUAUAAAUGUAUAAAGAAAGGAUUAAUUUUUCUAUGUAAUGACAGUGUUCUGAUUAUAUUUUUUUGCAUCAGCACUACCUGUGUUUUUGCGCUGAGGAUUCUUGACUGACCUUCUUUCCAAUGUUUCUGUUUAAUGCACUGGGAAGGCCACCUGCACUAAAUCACAUAAAACAAAGCUGCUGAUUGCAUCUCCCAUUGUAUUCAAUCCUGUACUUGGAGGGAGAAAACACACACAAGCCAAUUUUUUUCAGUUUUAUACCAGUUUGGUAUUUUCAUUUGGCACAUUUGACAAUCUCCACUGUUAAGUUUUCAGAUGAAUAGUUCUACUGGGUACUUUUAACAGUUAUAAAUAAACACCUUCAAGUUCCUAUUGGUUAGACAUUCUUUACGUUCUCCUUGAGGGAAAAUACUCACAUUUUAAGCAGUUUUAGGAGUUAUUUCCUCAAAAAAGUGUAUGGGGGUAACUAACAAAUUGAAGGCUCAUCCAAAUUUCAAGGUCUGACCGAACUGCUGGCUUGGUUCUUAUUUAGCUUUUCAUUGUUUUUAUGUUAAUAUAAUACUCUAUGUAGUCAAUGCUUGGUGAGUUGCAAUUUUACUUUGUUUUGUGUAAACAGUAGGGAGAUUUGGAUAUAUUUCUAUAAUAACUGGCUUGGUUUGAGAAAUUUAAAUUUUGCAGAUUCUAAUCAAGCAUUUAUUUAUCUUGUCUGAAGUCAAAUUAUUUGUAUUUGAACUUGUUAACAUAUAAUGGCCCAAAAUUGCUUCAAGUGGUGAUCAAAUGGUGCCACUGUACUUAAACUCCUUCCUUCCCAUUUUAAUGAUGAAGGAAAUUUGUUCAUGGAGUGUGAAUUGGAAAGAAUGUGAAACCCCCAGCAGGUCCUCUUGGGUCUGAGUGAAUAAGGCAAUAGGUUGAAUCUCCUUUAAGACAUAUCAAAUGAAAGCACGUUGAAAGCAAUAGCAUUGUGGGUAGCACAAUGCUUUACAGUACAGGUGAUCCUGGUUCAAUUCCUGCCACUGCCUGUAUGGAAAUUGUUAAUUCUCCUCAUAACUGUGGGUGUUUCCUCCGGGUGCCCUAGUUUCCUCCCACAAUCCAAAGAUGCACCGGUUGAUAGGUUAAUUCAUCAUUUUAAGUUGUCCUGUGAUUAGGCUUGGAUUAAUUUGGGGGAUUGCUGGGCAAUGUAGCUCGAAGGGCCUAUUCCACGCUGUAUCUCAAUAAAUAAAUAAAAAAUAAAUAUAAUAUAAAGACUACAAAAGACAUCUGUCUUAAAAUUUAUCCCAGGUAGAUCGUACAAUGCAUUAUUAAGCCCCAUUUCAUUCUAUUCACUCAACCUCUAAGUCAGCAGAGAAUAAUUAGUAUUAUCACCCUCUUCAAACCAUGCUUAUAUUUGAAAUUAUUAGAUUUAAUCUUCACAAAGCCCUUCCCCAUAAACCUGUAAUUACCGUAAUAUCACAAAAGUAUACAUGAAUGCCGAGCCAUACAAUAAAGUUAUUUUCUUCGAAAACUUACUUUAGUGCAGCACAUCCUCAGCAGUAACUUUUGGAGAAACACGAGACUGCAGAAGCUGUAAUCAGGAGCUAAAAACAAAAUGCUCAAGAACUUGGCAUAUCAAGGGGAUGGGAAGUGUCAACAUUUUAGAUCUUGGCCCUGCAUCAGGACUUUUGAAUAUUUGGAUCUUCUUCUUUGAUCAUCAUCGCUUAUCCAAAUUUGCAUGUAAGUAGUAACAAUUCCAUUAGCCACAUCAGUAUUUUUAUGUAAUUUUUUGCACAUUCCUUGUUAGCUUAUCAGAGAUAUAUUUAGCUUGCUUAUCUUGUAAAAUUUAAAUACUUCACUGACAUUGCAUACAAAGUUCACUGAAGCAUUCAAGUACUAAUAUCACACAGUGAGUUAUUCCUCUUGUUUCUCACUAAUUCUGAGCAGUCUUGAAAAUAAAACUAAGCCUGAAAAACCAGUAAGCCUAAACUUGUACUAUUGAAUGGAGCUUGCAUUCGGCUUUGCAUAAAACCAUGAUGCAUAAUCUAACAAAUAAUACAUUUAUGAUGUAUACACUUCCAAGAAGAAUCCCUUGUUUGUCACAAAAAAAACCUACUUCGGGAAUCAAACCAUAAGAUGAUGAGGAGGAUAAUCAGUCAUAAUCAUAUAGGUUAUCAAAACAGGCUAAGACUUUUGCAGAGUACUGUAUUUGUCAACGGUGAGCAGAAAGUAAAUUUGUAAAUCUGGCGGGAGUGCUAAGGGUGCAGUGCCACGGGAGGCAUGUUGGACAGAUGGCAGAGCAGGAGUGCCAGGGGCAGAGAGCUUCAUGGGUGCUGGCACACCCAGCCCUGAGACACCAGGCAAGGGCAUUUGAUUCCAAACAAUUGAUUUCUUGAUUAUCGCAGAAUGUCUCUCUAGUUCUUGCUGCUCCCUCCCCUCUCUCUUUCCCUUCUCCCAACCAUGAUUCCCCUCUGCCUGCCCCCUUCCCACUCAGUCCACAAUAGAGACCCAUUUCAGAAUCAGGUUUAUCAUCACUCACAUAUCUCAUGAAAUUGUUUUUUUUUGCAGCAGCAGCCGUACAGUGCAAUACAUUAAAAAGAAUUUUGCACUGUACUGUAUAUAAACCAAAGUGAUUGGGUCAGUUCUCAAGUUACGUAGGGCAUCGAAACAGGUUCACUGAGUCUGUGCCACCAUCAAAUAUUUAUUUAUACUGGUCCCAGUCUCUGGCACUUGGCACAUAUGCCUUCUAUGACAUUUCAAGUGUUCAUUUAUAAGAGUACCUGUCUCCAGCCCUUCAGACAGAGAUUUCCAAAUUUUGAGCAGUAAAAAUAUUCUUCCUGAAAUUCUCUCUCAAUCUCUUAUGCCUCACAUUAAGCCUAUGCUAUCUGUUUAUAGAUAACUCUGCUAGGACAGAAGAUUUGUCAUUCUCUUUUCCCUCUAUACCCUUCAUAAUUUUGUAUACCUUAAUCAGAUCCCCUUCAGUGUUCUCUGCUCCAAGGAAAGUAAUCACAGGUUCAUCCUGUCUAUGUUCAUCCGUGUUAAAGCAUAGCUUGUACUUUGCUCUAUCCUGCCCAUUACUACUUGUCCAUGUAAUUGAAAAAUCCCACAAGUAGACUGAAAAUUUUUAGCUACACAUUAUUUGUAUUUUUUCAAAACUGGAUGAGUAGGGAAGAUGAGAGGAUUUGGGAUGUUGAAAAGAAACUAUUCGAUUCACUGUAUGUGAAUCUGAUUUGCCAGAGCAACUAAUGCUGGGAACAAAAAUGUUAACAAAUAAUUAAUAUCAGGGACUCUAUAAUUUUGCCCUCAAAAGCUGUUGUCAUGUAUGUCUUAUAAUAACUACAAAAGAAGUGCAUAGUACAAAAUAUUUGGGUUUGACCUUGUGAUUUAAAAAUAUCUAAAUUGCUGAUAAUCAAAAUCUUAUUUUUGUUAAACUAGUUAUUGUUUAAGAAAUAUAUGAAAGCGUUGUUGUUUGUAUCCUCGUGCUUCUGAUGUUAAAGUUUUUACAAACUAGCUCUACUAGCCAUGAAAGGUUGAAAUCCAUGGUAGAUUGGGCAACAGUAAAUUAUGGGCGAUUCUUAUUUUCCUCAAAUUUCUAAAUUCCAGUGAGUACAGGUCCAAACGCUCCUCAUUCCUGGAAUGAAACCCAUGAACCUCCUCUGGACUCUCUCCAAUGACAACACAUCCUUUCUGAGAAAUGGGGCCAAAAAAUGUUGACAAUACUCUAAGUGAGGCCUGACUAGUGUUUUAUAAAACUUCAGCAUUAUCUCCUUGCUUUUAUAUUCUAUUCCCCUUGAAAUAAAUGCCAACAUUGCAUUCUUCUUCUUUACCACAGACUCAACCUGUAAAUUAACCUUCUGGGAAUCUUGCACAAGGACUCCUACGUCCCCCUGCACCUCUGAUGCCCAUUUAGGUAAUAGUCCACACUAUUGUUCCUUUUACCAAAAUGCAUUAUCAUACAUUUCCCAACACAGUAUUCCAUCUGCAACUUUUUUGCCCUUUUUUCUAUUUGUCUAAGUCCUGCUGCAAUGGUAUUGCUUCCUCAACACUACCUACCCCUCCACCUAUCUUCGUAUCAUCCGCAGACAUUAUCACAGAGUCAUCAAUUCCAUUAUCCAAAUCAUUGACAAACAAUGUGAAAAAUAGCGGUCCCAAUACUAACCCCCAAGGAACACUACUAGUUACCAGCAGCCAACCAGAGAAGACUCCUUUUAUUCCCUCUCGCUGCCUGCUGCCUGUCAGCCAUUCCACUAUCCAGUAUCUUUCCUGUUACACCAUAGGAUUUUAUCUUGUUAGCAGCCUCAUGUGUGGCACCUUCUCAAUUGCCUUCUGAAAAUCCAAGUAAAUUACAUCCACUGCCUCCCCUUUGUCCGCCCUGCUUGUUACUUCCUCGAAGAACUCUAACAAAUUUGUCAGGCAAGAUUUCCCUUUACAGAAACCAUGCUGAUUUUGACUUAUUUUAUCAUUGGUCUCCAAAUACUCUGAAGCCUCAUCCUUAAUAAUAGACUCCACGCUUUCCCAACCAAUGAAGUUAGGCUAAGUGGCCUUUAGCUUCCUUUUUUUUGCCUUCCUCCCUUCUUAAAGAGGGGAGUGCCAUUUGCAAUCUUCCAGUUCUUUGGGACCAUGCCAGAAUCAAGUGAUUCUUGAAAGAUCAUGACCAAUGCAUCCGUUAUCUCUUCAGCAACCUCUCUCAGGACUCUGGAAUGUAGUCCAUCUGGCCCAGGUGACUUAUCUACCUUAAUACCUUUGAACUUGUCUAGCACUUUUUCCACCUUAAACCCUUCCCAUCCUAUGAAUCAAAAUCACUGACAUACAGUGUAAAAUUUGCAGCAGCAGUACAAUGCAAGACACGUAAGUUAGUAUAAACAACAAUCAGCAGCGUUUAAAACUGCUCUCACAAAUUGCUUCAGUUUCUGCUCAGUAUUCCCACCAGUCUUUACAUGGGUUUUAAUAGAUGCAUCAGAUUGACACUUCAUAUGCUGUCAAUUAUUCUCUUUACAGGAUUGACAAAAUCGAUGGAUUCUUGUUUAGGGAAAAGCAAAGUGAUAAUGCUUAGGUCACUUUUAGCUUUCCUUUAUUUUCCACAUCACUGUUUUCCUCAUGUCAGCACUUCGGUAAUUCUAAAACCCCUUACAUCUUUAUAGAUAGAGAUUUGUGUCAUAGAUUUCCGAGUACAAAGGAUCACCAGAAAGCAAAUGACCAAAACAGAGAACUGCAUGAGUAGUUGAUAUAUGUAAACAUAUUUUAAAAAACUAUAUAUCCAAAUUAGAGAAGAAAUCUGCCAUAUAAAAGUCAGAACAUUUCACAUACAUCAAUGCGAUUUGGGGGAUUCCUAUAGAUUAUAGCACAGAAGUAAGACAUUCAGAGCAUGUUAGAUUAUAAACAAGAGAAUCUGCAGAUGCUGGAAAUCCAAGCAACACACACAGAAUGCUGGAGGAACUCAG